GAUAUUUGAAGAGAAUGAGAUUCCUCAUGUCUCACCUCUGUAAUAUAUAUUGGGCAGAUGAUAAGGGAAAGACAGCAAAUAGCUAGACUGAGUUGGACACAAUUGCAAGGCCUUUUCUCUAUUCUCUAAAACAAGAAAAAAUGGCUACCUCUCCUUUGAACAUCCGACUUUCUUUUCAUUCUCGCUCCAACAGCUUGCCCUCGAGGCAACACCCCAUUGCUUUACAAGUUGGUGAGAUCCGAUUGAUGGCAUCAGAAACAGCUUCUACAUCAUCAUCAUCAUCAUCAAUAGGUCAUAAUCUAAAUGGUCUUCAAGAUUUGCAUGAAUGUGUUGAUUUGUUGCUUCAACUGCCCCUCACUCUACAGGUUCUAGCCCAAGAGCAGCAUCGGCAAUGCGUUGAAUUACUAUUGGAUAGAUUUCUUUUGCUCUUGGAUGUAUGUAGCACUGCCAAGGAUGCUUUGUUGCAGACAAAGGAGUGCACUCAAGAACUUCAAUCAGUUUUUCGCAGAAGACGAGGAGCUGAAAUGGGGCUUGUAAUUGAGGUCAGGAAAUAUUUAACCUCUAGGAAAGCAAUGAAGAAGGUUAUCUGCAAGGCCUUAAAGAAUCUGAAGCAAAUGGAAACUAAAUCUAACACCUCUUCUUUCAACAAUGAUGGUGAGAAUGGAGAUGUGAUUAGCAUCUUAAGAGAAGUGGAAGCAGUUACAGUCAGAGUGCUACAAUCCUUGUUGUCCUUUAUCUCAGGGCCAGACGCAGAAUCAAAGUUGUGCCGCUGGUCACUUGUUUUAAAGUUAAUGCACCAAAAGAGAGUAGGAUGUGUGGAAGAACAAAACACAAAUGAAAUUGCAAAUGCAGAAGCUGCAUUACGCUCUCUCAUCAAAUCUGACAACAUCAAGCAUAUUGAAAAUGUGCAAAUUGAGCUCCAAAAAUCAGAGUUGUGCAUUCAAGAUCUUGAAGAAGGACUUGAAAACCUCUUCAGGCGUUUGAUCAAAGCUAGAGUCAUUGUCCUCAACAUCCUCAACUGUUAUUAUUAUGGCAACCAAAAGCCAAAAUUUUGCGUCUGGAUUUUGCAUAACUUUUGCCUAGUUUCAACCAUUAAGUCUAUUGGAUUAACAUCUAGUUUUGCAAAUUAA